AUGUAUUUUACGCCAUCUGUGCGUACACCUAUGUCCGUCCAUCGUUCUACAGAUUGCAAAUGCAGUCAAAUCGGUGCCAUAUCCACAAUUUGUGACAAACGCAGUGGUCAGUGUGCUUGUCUACCCAAUGUUACUGGUCGUCGCUGUGAUAAAUGCAAGUCUGGUCAUUGGAAUCUUACAGAAGGUGUAGGAUGCCACGACUGCCAUUGUGACUCCGCAGGCUCACGUGGACAUGAAUGUAAUCCUUGGACCGGUCAAUGUGAUUGUAAGAUUGGUGUUGGUGGUCAACAUUGCAAUGAAUGUACUGAUGGCUUCUUUGGCUUUUCUGUUGAUGGAUGUCAACGUUGUAUUCCUUGUGCUGGUGAAGGUCAGGUAUGUGAUCCCAUUAAUGGGCGAUGCAUAUGUCCACCAAAUAGUCGUGGAUUAGGUUGUGCUCAGUGCGUUAGCGGCACUUGGGGUUGGCAGCCACGUUUGGGUUGUCGUGAUUGCGCCUGUGAUCGAAUUGGCUCAAUAGGACAGGUAUGUGAGUCAAAUUCUGGCCAGUGUCAAUGUCGCGAGGGUUAUGCAGGCAGACGUUGUGAUAACUGUGCAAUUGGUUACUUCGGAUAUCCGGAAUGUAGACGCUGUAAUUGCGAUGCUGAUGGUUCAUUUAUCCGUUCUGAUGGGCUCAUAGCUUGUGAUGCAAAUGGACAAUGUCCUUGCAAAUCAUUGGUGGUUGGUCUUAAAUGUGAUACCUGUAUGCAAUCUACUUUCGGUUUAUCUGCUCUAAAACCGGAGGGCUGCACACGCUGCUUCUGCUUUGGUCGCUCCGCUGAAUGUGCGCAAAGUGAAUGGUCUUGGGGCCACAUACGCAUGGCAGAAUCACGCAACUUAAGCGUACAGUAUGGAAAUGCAGAUCAUGUACCUAAUAAUGAUUAUGAGUACAUUGUCGUAGUGCAAAUGGAGGGCGCAAAAAGUUAUCAAGAAGAUGCAGAAAUAAGUGUAAUGAAUGAUUUAAAUUUAAUACCGCGCUCCACUGGCAACGUCUCAAUCGGAGCGUAUGAAAAGUUUUACUAUCCAUUAUACUUUCAACUGCCUCCUAAAUUCUAUGGGGAUCGCACAAGUAGUUAUGGUGGUAGUUUGUAUUUUACUCUUUUAACUGAAGAUGCUAACACUCCUUUGGAACGUAAGAUACUAUCACGCUUUCCACUCGUGCAAUUGCAUGCACAUACAAAACUUGUUUUGGAUUAUUAUGAAUUCGAGAACUAUGAUGAAUACUCCUUGAAUGUAACAUACAAGGUGCCACUGCACGAGUCCUUCUGGAAGUAUCAUCAUAAUAGUCAAUCGGUAGAUCGUGCAACAAUUAUGGCUGCUUUACAAAAUAUAAAGCAUAUUUUCCUACGUGCCAAUACAUUUGCAGAUUUCUCACAAAUUGUAUUACAAAAUGUUCACAUGGACUCAGCUAUUUUUGUUUAUGGAUCUACAAAUAUGUUUGCUAAAAGUGUGGAAAAAUGUAAGUGUCCAAAACGUUUUGAUGGACUUUCUUGUCAGGAUCCUGGUCAAGGUUUCUAUCGUUGGCGUAAUAUUACCGAAGUAGAAACAGUUUUCAUUGAAGACCUCAUUGGACGUGCUGCGCCGUGUCAUUGCAAUGGUCGCAGCUCCAUUUGUGAUCGAGAAACCGGUGUUUGCUUAACAUGUCGCGAAAAUACUGGUGGAGACCAUUGUGAAAAAUGUGCUGAAGGUUAUUAUGGUGACCCCAACUUGGUGUAUGGCUGUCAACCCUGUCCAUGUCCAGAAACUAAUCGAAAUUAUGCUCUCGGCUGCAAUGUUUGGCAAGGCGAAGUCAGCUGUACCUGCAAACCAGGGUACACCGGUAAGCUUUGUGAUCGAUGUCGUCCUGGUUAUUUCGGAAAUGACAGUUGCACGCCCUGCAACUGCAACAUCAAUGGCAUUAGUGCCGCUGAUUGUGAUGCUACCACAGGUCAGUGCAGCUGCAGACCGGGCGUUACUGGGCUGAAAUGCGAUAAGUGCUUAGCUGAACGGCACUAUUUGGAGGAUCGGGGAUGUAAAAUGUGUGAUAAUUGUACACUGAUUCUACUAGAUUAUAUGAAUUCAAUUAAUAAUAAAUUACGAGGCGGCAUACAUAAUAUGGAUCUCACGGGCAUACCACCGCCAUACCUUCAAGUUGAGCAAUAUGAGAACAAUUUCAAUAUACUAAACAUACACUUUUAUGACUAUAAAAAUGCACGACAAAUGCUUAUCAAUUUCAACGUAGAUGAUCUUGUUAAAUUAGACUCGCAUGCUGAAAAUAUGAAGUUUCAAUUCCGGAAAGCUUUGUCAACUGCUACAAAACGUGAAAAUGCCGUUAUGUCCUUACGGAAUGCGGCAACGGAUUUGUUUCUCAGUGGUAGUUCAUUGCGAGCUGAAAUCGUGGAAACGAUUUUAAAUUUGAAGAAAUAUGGUAAAAGCGAUCAUCACCUUAGCUUGCCGGCAGCUUUAGAGCAGGCACGCUUCUAUCUCGAUACAAUACGUGAACACAAUGCCUCGAUACAUAACAUUCGUGAGACAGGCAAUUGUGGUUGGCAUUUUUACUAUUUCUUCGGCAAUGCCUCUGAUGAUGCUUUUGAUCAACAAGCUCGCGUUGAAAUGUUAUGGAGGGAUUUGAAUCAAACCAAUUUUCGCAUAUCCGAUAUGCGUUUACAUGCUGAUCGCACACUUGAAAUGCAGAGUGAGAUUGAGGACGUCGAGGAACACAUUAGAAACUUAAAGAGCUACCUGAUAGAGGAUUAUGGGAAAAUACGUGAACUGAAAGAGGCUAUAGGAAAACAACUAAAUCAGAACCUAAUACCAGAAACGGAUGUGAUGUUAGAAAUUAAUUUAGGGCGACAGAAUGAAUUAAGUGGGGAAAUCGAUACCAUUGUACGUUUGGGUGCCAUACUCAACUCAACGCAAUUUGAGCAGGAAGAUAUGACGAGAGAAGUUAAAAAGCAUUGGCUGCCAAAAGCACAAAAGCAUGCAAACCGUUUAAUGGAACGAUCCAAUGAAUAUGCUAGACAAUUCCAACCAACAAGAAAUGGAGCUCGUAUUGCAUUACUGGCGAGCUCGGCCCAUAAAAAUAUUUCUGACGCUAUAACCGCAGCACGGCAAGCAUCGGCUGAAGCUAAAAAUGGCGUUUAUACAGCACAAUUUACGCUUUAUCCAGGAGAUGGUAAUUCGGUUAUCGAACGCGCAAAAGUAUCUCUAAAUAAGUCAAAAGUUUUGCAAAAGGAGGCUUUACAAGAAAUGCAUAGAACAAAUGUAUUGAAAGAAAAGCUUAGACUGCAUGAACACAAAGUGGAUCAAAUCAAGACUAGAAUUAUCGAUGCUGGUAUACGUACGAACAAUAUGUCAACAAUUAUACGUUCAUCUGCUCAUACACCCGCCACCCGUUUAGCCUUAGAUUCUAUUGACUCGGCCCAAAAGAUUUCAGACGAAAUGCGCAGUGAAGCACGCAAGGCUAAACAAAUGUUGGAAAGUAUAAGUGGUUUACGUGAAAAAUUUGCUAUUCUGGAACCGGACUGGGAGAUCAAAUUAGGCAUGGCUGAGGAAAAUAUAUCACUGACAAAAACUAAUAUUAGAUUGGCAAAUAUUUCUUUGGGUUAUGUGGAAGAACAAACAAGAAAAGAACAAGUUAAGUUUGAAGUCUGGAACAACACCAUGGCUAAACAAUUGCAGGAGCUUAAAAAUAAAAUAGCUAAGGCAAAGCAUGCCGCCGAAGGAAUUAAAGUCUCACUAGAAUCCGUGAGCACAAAGUGCGUGCGUUCUUACCUAUCAACAUCUUAUGGACUGACCACAUCAAAUACAAUUAAAAUAAGUUUUGCGCUCUCCAAUCGAAAUGGUAACUCACCAUUACUAUAUGUGCAGGGCGCUGAUGGACGUUUUAUUUCUUUGGAAUUGUAUAAGCGACAUGUGCGUCUUGUUUGGAACUUGGGUGGUACAACAACUACAAUCACGCAUCCACUUGAAAUACAGUCACGCGACUCUAAAUAUGAUGAUGCGUGGUAUCAUGUUGAGGCAAAUCGUACCCUUAACGUUGGAAGUCUGCUUGUACGACGUAUGAAUAAUUACGGUAGUCUGAUGCCAUCAAAUCCAGUAAUAGGCAAUACGGAUGCAGAGCAUACGCGUUUCUAUGAAAGUAGCAAUGAGCGUAUAUUCCUAGGUGGAUAUCCUGCUAAUGCACAGAAGAAGGAAAUGCAAAUCAGUCCUGGAUUAAAUGUUGUUGUUCAUAAUGUUGAAGUCGAUAAUAAGCCAUUAGGUAUAUGGAACUUUGUUAGUAGCGAAGGUCAUUGUGGUGGAGCUAUGCUGGGUGCGCAAGAAUCUACAGCUGCAUCUAUAGCAAGACACUUCAAUGGUAUAGGUUAUGCUGAAGUGAAGAAAACUCGUCCCCGCCCAUAUCGUAAAAAUCUGUUCGCACUGCAAAUGACUUUUAAAACACUUGAUGAGAAUGCAUUGUUAUUCCUAGCGGUAGAUGAUAAAAAUAAUCGCUCUGUAUCAGUCACUCUCAGUCGUGGUCGCAUUACGUUCCGCAUAGAUUAUGGCGAUGAAUCAAAAUUGGAAAUCAAUACCACAAACAAAUAUAAUACAGGCAAAUGGAUCAAAAUUGAGGCAGCGCGUGAAUUUGUACCAAAGCGUGGCACAGAAAACGGCAUAUUACGUGUGAAUACUGAACGCGUCAUUACUGGCUCUCCAAAUGUUCCUAUCAAAAGUCAUAUGCUACCUGAUUUAUCAAAACCAGUUUAUUAUUUGGGCGGUGUGCCACCAGGUUUUACAUCUGGUACCACUAAAGCACCAGGUGCUGAUAAUCCUUUCCUUGGUUGCAUGAUGGAUGUCCAAGUUAAUGGCGAAACCUAUGAUCCAUUGGAAAGUUCAACCUAUUUUGGUGUUGAACCGUCUUGCAAAGACAUGAUAACAAAAGCCGGUUUUAAUGGCAAUGGCUAUAUGGAAUUGUCGUCACAGACUCUGCGAAAGCGUGCAAAUGUUGCUUUUGUUUUCCGUACCUUACAAACAGAUUGCCUGCUACUGCUGUCUGCUUAUCCGCCAGAAGUUGAAGACGAUUAUGAUGAGAAAGACAUAAAAGGCAACUACUCUAUAAGUUUGGUAAAUGGACAACUGCAUACUUGGAUUAAUUCUGGACGUAGCUUCAUUAAAUUAGCAUCUAAUUCAACAUUAAACGAUGGAGAAUUUCAUGUGGUGAAUUUAAUUAAAAAUGGACGCAGAUUUGAGUUAAUGGUCGACGAUAGAAUACAGGAAGUUAAAAAUUUAAACGGUUCACCUACUUUAGUUAGCAUGCCACGCGAUGCUGGUGGCUUAUAUAUAGGCGGUGCGCCACCUUAUGAAACCUAUACACCGUUAGCACCCACUUUUAUUAAUCUUGAGGGCGCCAUACGUGAUGUUGUUUUCAACAAUCGGACAAUCAAUUUUAAUGAAGCACAAAAUUUUGCCAAUGUACAAAUUGGUCGCAACGGUCCAGUUAUGGGAAGUACAAAUGGUUUUAUAGAUGUUUUAUUAAAGACUGAACCAAUGAUAGGAAAAAGCUUUACGGCCGCGCCGGAAGGAUGUUUAAGGGUCGGCAGUUAUUCUUACGAACCAAACGCUUUUAAAUUUGGUGAUAAUUCAUAUAGCUAUGCACAACUACAAGUACCGAUGCGAAACUUCUGGCAAAGAAACUUUCAUAUAUCCUUUGACUUCCGUUCCUUCUAUCCAAAUGGUGUUAUAUUUUUGUCGCCUGGUGUAAAAGAGAAGCAAAAACAUUAUGUGUCACUCUUACUGAAAGACGGCCAGUUACUAUUGAUUGUACGCGGGAGACGUCGUGAAGAACUGCAAUUGACCGCCAAAUUGAAUGAUGGUGAAUGGCAUCACGUGACCAUAAACUGUCACGAUCGUAAGGUCACUAUGUCAGUGGAGAUCGGACGUACCGAUCAAAAAACUUCAGCUCAAAUGAAAGUACCAAAGAAAAUUGCUGCCUCCAAUGUAUUAUACGUGGGCGGCUUACCUGAAGCACCAGUGCUUAAAUUGCCUGCAGAACUGAUGUCAAAAUUGGAAACAUUCAAAGGUUGCCUACGUAGAGUGAUGAUUAAUAAUGCAACACAAGAUUUGGCAAGACCAGGGAAACAUUUGCAUGUAGGUCAAUGUUUUCCAAAAGUAGAACGCGGUUCAUAUUUUCCUGGAGAUGCAUAUGCUGUAUAUAAGAAAAACUUUAAUGUUGGCAAAUAUUUGGAGUUAGAAAUGGAAUUCCGCACAUCCGAACUUUCUGGCAUACUCUUGAGUAUAUCUGAGCUUACCGGCUUUCCAUCUCUUUCACUAGAAAUGAACAAUGGCAAUAUCAUUUUCUCUUGCGAUCUGGGCGAUGGCAUGCCAUUCCGGGUUAAGUCCCAACUACCCACUAAAUAUGCGCUUUGUGAUAAUAAAUGGCACAAUAUAUCCGCACUUUAUGAUUAUGAACAAAUCGCCUUACGAAUUGAUCAAAUGCCCCCUGCAAUGGCUUUAGCACAACGUCAUGUUAAUGGAAAAGUACAAACGAAGUCACCUCUCUAUAUUGGUGGUAUACCAGAUAUUGCACCCAGUGGCUCAUUGCUUUCGCGUGAGAAUUUCAAAGGUUGCAUACGCAACGUUUCAAUACGAAAUGAGAGACGCGAUUGGAUAGAUAUGGAUGCACUGCAUAAUGUGCUGCUUAGCGAGUGUCUGAUUUCAAGUUCCGAUAACUAAGAAACAUACGCUCCUAUCAAAGCUGCCAAUAUAUAUGUGAUCAACUAUAUACAAAUCUUAUAUCAAAAAGCUGCCAUUAAAUUAUUAAAAUUUAUUUUUAUCUAAUUUAUAUUAAUUUAUUGCGUACUUCAAUAAGAA